CAGCAGCAUCAUCAUCCUCCUCUCAGCUGAAGACACACACAGGGAAAACAUAAUUACCUCAGAACAGUGUCUCGCGUGUGAAAAUGGGCUAAUGAAACGCUGUGAUUCGCUCAAACCCGGUGCUACAGCUCGAUCAUCACCUCCCGUGGAGAAACUCUGAUGAGGUCGUCGCUUGUGUUGUAUUUUUUAUUUUAUUUUUUUCCUCACAUCCAUUCUCCGUGCGCGCUGCUGGUACAAAGGCGCUGGGUCCUGAGCAGCAGCACGAGCAGCACGAGCAGCGCGAGCAGCAGCACCUGGGAUUAAUGUGCACGAGAAAACAGGAGCGUUCAUCAACAACAAAGCUUUAAAAGCACAAAGUGAGUGAAGCCAGCGAGAUUAAAACACUUUCUUCAUUAUUAUUUGUGACAUCCACCUCAGCAGCACCGGUCACAAAGACAAGCAGCUGUCAUUGUGUCAAUGCUGAGAUUUUUGUUUGGAUUUCUUCACGUGAAAGUGCCCUUUCCUGGAAGGAUGCAUGAGGAAAACGAGAAUAGUUCCAGUUUUUUCUUCCUUUUCUUGUGCCGCACAUUGCCUGGUGUUCUUGUGACUGAACAGCCGGUUUCUCUUGUUCAGAAUGGGAUGCAUUGUUGCGACUGCGCAACCCAAGACAAGUGUCUGCAAUUAGACUGUGUGUUUGUGCACGGAUUACCUACAGGCCUGUUGUAAAAAAAAAAAAGCCCUGCUACUGCUCUGCAGCUGGAGGUGGACACUGUUGUUGGAUAAAGGAUUCUGUGUUGGAAGUGGACUGGAAAGGGGGAACGAGCUGUGCGCCCUUGGCACAUCUCUCUCCCUAUUCAGGGUCUGUCACAGAAAUAAAUAGAUCUGGAACAAUAUGGUGGAGCCAGUUGGAUUCAUUGAAGCCUGGAAAGCACAGUUCCCCGAGUCUGAACCCCCCAAGAUGGAGCUACGGUCAGUAGCCGGCAUUGAGCAUGAGCUGGAGAAGUGCAAAUCAUCCAUCAGGCGCCUGGAGCAGGAGGUGAACAAGGAGCGCUUCCGCAUGAUAUACCUGCAGACCCUCCUGGCCAAAGAGAGGAAGAGCUACGACAAGCAGCGAUGGGGCUUCAGGAAGACGCCGCUGAAUGAGGGGAUGGACCCUGCUGGAACCACACAGGGUGCAGAGUCCCUGUCCCAGCAGCCACACAUGCAGGAGACUGGUGGAGUUGGAGUAAUAAGUGGUGGAGGUUAUGUUGGUGUAAGUGGAGGCAUUGUUGAUCGGAGGGGGUUUCAGCCUCUUGCAGAUGGUUCUGGUCGGACCAAACCCAGACCCCCACCUGCCAGAAAGUCAGCCUCCCACGGAGAUGGCCUGGAGUCGGCGUUUGAGGUGCCGCAGCAAGUAGAGUCCACGUCCUGUGACAACCUGGAUGGACUCUCACCGUCCAAGCAGAGAGGAGGUGGCAUCUCUGUCUCUCCCCGCAGGCCCACGCUUCCACCCCCAGACAAGGAGCUUCCUUCCGACCCCAAGGACAAACUCGGUAUGGGACUCGGCGUGGCUGCUCUUAGAUCCAACUUUGAGAGGAUCAAACGCGCCAACUCCCACUCCGGUGGUGAUGUAGCUAAAGGCCAGGAGAAGCAGCUACCACCACCUCCACCGCCGCCGUUUUACACAAACAUGGAAUUCCACCACGAGAGGGGACUGGUCAGGGUCAACGACCGUGACGUCUCGGACAAAAUCAGCUCACUAGGCAGCCAGGCGAUGCAGAUGGAGCGAAAGAGAUCCCUUCAUUCCCUCCCAGGUAACCUGGCAACCGUGGCCGGGGAGCUCCGUGCCAGGCCGGUGUACAGAGGGCGAUCCACUGAGAGCACAUGUGGCUAUGAUGCGGAGUAUGAAGAUGGCGAGCCCAAUCAGAGACAUUCGGGGAGGGCCAACGGUGGCAAACCUCCGCCCCCGCCAUGGCAGCCCUCUGACUUUCAGGCCUACUCCAGUGUUUACGUCGGUGGCGUGAUGAUGGGUGAAGGUGGCGGUGGAGAUGGCAGAGCUGGUAGUGGAGGUGGUAGUGGAGUCACAAUGAGAGACCACGGGGGAGGAGAUGACCACCUCCUGACCUGGCCUCGCCGUUCGUACUCCCCCGGUAGCUUUGAGGAUGUGGGAGGAGGCGGCGGCUACACGCCGGACUGUAGCUCCAACGAGAACCUGACGUCCAGCGAGGAGGACUUCUCCUCCGGCCAGUCUAGCCACGUCUCACCCAGCCCCACCACGGCUUUCCGUAGGCCCUUCAGAGAGAAGAGCCGCUCGCCCUCGCAGAACUCCCAGAACUCCCAGCACUCGUUGGACAGCAGCAGCCCACCAACGCCACAGUCUCAGAAGCGGCACCACCGGCAGCAGGGAGGCCAUGUGGUCAUGUCCGAGGCCACUAUUGUGAGUGUUCGCAAGACCGGUCAAAUCUGGCCACCUGCUGCCCAUCAUGACCUCUUGCCCCACGGAAGGGCAUCACAUGACAACAGUUACCAUGGAGACCACCUAGACGGUCAUUUCACCGGGACACCUCCCUCGUACGGUUACGAUGCAGACCGCGCAGAGGAGCAGCGGAGGCACCACGACAUCCUGCCGUACAUCGAUGACUCGCCGUCGUCUUCGCCGCACCUCAGCUCCAAGAGCCGCAGCAGUCGGGAUACCCUCUCAUCGGGAUCGUUGGAGUCCUCCAAAUCGACUGAAUGUGAACUGGAAAAAGGUUUGGAGAUGAGGAAGCGGGUCCUGUCUGGGAUCUUGGCCACGGAGGAAUCAUACCUCAGUCAUCUGGAGGCGUUGCUGCUGCCCAUGAAGCCUCUGAAGGCUGCAGCCACGACGUCGCAGCCCGUCCUCUCUGUGGCCCAGAUCGAAACCAUCUUCUUCAAAGUGCCUGAGCUCUACGAGAUCCACAAGGACUUCUACGACGGCCUUUUGCCUCGUGUCCAGCAGUGGAGCCACCACCAGAGGGUCGGGGACCUCUUCCAGAAACUGGCGAGCCAGCUCGGAGUUUACAGAGCGUUCGUGGACAACUAUGAACUGGCUGUGGAGACGGCGGAGAAGUGCUGCCAGGCUAACUCACAAUUCUCCGAAAUCUCUGAGAACCUGAAGGUGAGGAGUCCCAAGGAUUCGAAAGACCAGACAGUAAAGAGCUCUCUAGAGGCUUUACUAUACAAACCAGUGGACAGGGUGACACGUAGCACAUUGGUACUUCAUGACUUGCUCAAGCAUACGCCCACCAGCCACCCGGACCACGCGCUCCUGCUGGACGCCCUGAGGAUCUCCCAGAACUUCCUGUCCAGCAUCAACGAGGAGACGACGCCGCGGCGCCAGUCUAUGACCGUCAAGAAGGGAGAGAACAGGCAGCUGCUGAAGGACAGUUUCAUGGUGGAGUUGGUGGAAGGAGCCAGGAAGCUGCGGCACGUCUUCCUCUUCACUGAUCUGCUGCUCUGCGCCAAACUGAAAAAGCAGAUCGGAGGAAAAAACCAACAGUACGACAGUAAGUGGUACAUCCCGCUGGCUGAGCUGACCUUCCAGGGGCCCGAGGACGCCGAACCACUCACCAUCCCCCAAGCCCCCGACGAAGAGCUCGACACCAUGAAGGUCAAGAUCUCACACCUCCGCAGUGAGAUCCAGAGAGAGAAGAGAGCAAACAAAGGUUUGAAAGUCAUCGACCGGCUCAGGAAGAAGCUUUCCGAACAGGAGUCUCUUCUCCUGUUAACAUCUCCAAGUAUGCCCAUCCGACUCUACAACAAGAACGGCAAGAGUUAUAGUUUCCUGAUUUCGUCCGACUACGAACGUGCAGAAUGGAAGGAGAUCAUCAGAGAACAGCAGAAGAAAUGUUUUAAAGCCUCUUCCUUGACUUCCAUGGAGCUGCAGAUGUUGACCAGCUCCUGUGUCAAACUUCAGACUGUCCACCACAUUCCCCUUAGCAUCAAUAAAGAAGAGGAUGAACCCCCCGGUCUCUGUGGGUUCCUGAAUGUAAUCGUCCACUCCGCCUCCGGCCUCAAACAGAGCUUGAAUCUCUACUGCACAUUGGAGGUUGAUUCCUUUGGCUUCUUUUCAAGUAAAGCCAAGACGAGAGUGUAUCGAUACACCACUGAGCCCAAAUGGAAUGAGGAGUUUGAGAUUGAGCUGGAGGGCUCGCAGACCCUGAGGCUGCUCUGCUACGAGAAAUGUUACAACAAGACCAAGCAGAACAAAGAGGACGGAGAGAGCGCAGACCGCAUCAUGGGGAAAGGACAGAUCCUGCUUGAUCCCCAGACUGUUCUCUGCAAAGACUGGCAGAGAACAGUUAUUCCCAUGAACGGGAUCGAGGUGAAACUCUCGAUAAAGUUCACCAGUCGAGAGUUCAGCCUGAAGAGGAUGCCCUCGCGGAAACCUAUGGGCGUGUUUGGAGUCAAGAUCUCUACAGUGACCAAGCGAGAGCGCUCCAAGGUGCCCUACAUUGUCCGCCAGUGCCUAGAGGAAAUCGAAAGGAGGGGAAUGGAGGAGGUGGGCAUCUACCGAGUAUCGGGGGUGGCCACUGAUAUUCAGGCCUUGAAGACUGCCUUUGAUACCAAUAACAAAGACGUGUCGGUGAUGAUGAGCGAGAUGGACGUCAACGCCAUCGCGGGGACCUUGAAGCUGUACUUCAGAGAACUGCCCGAGCCUCUUUUCACUGACGACCUCUAUCCAAACUUUACAGGUGGCAUCACCUUGUCUGAUAGUGUUGCCAAAGAGAGCUGUAUGUUGAACUUACUGCUGUCGCUGCCAGAACCAAACCUGGUCACAUUUCUUUUCCUGUUGGAUCACCUGAAGAGGGUGGCGGAGAAGGAAGGCAUCAACAAGAUGUCUCUCCACAACCUGGCGACGGUGUUCGGCCCGACCCUGCUGAGGCCGUCGGAGAAGGACAGCAAGAUCCCGGCGAACCCCACGCAACCCAUCAGCAUGGGCGACAGCUGGUCCCUGGAAGUCAUGGCACAGGUCCAGGUGCUGCUUUAUUUCCUCCAGCUGGAGACCAUCCCCACCCCCGACAGUAAACGACAGAGCAUCCUCUUCUCCACUGAAGUAUAGAGCAGCCCUAGCGUAAUGAAACACAAGAUGGACCGUGGCUCAAAGUGAGCCCCACAGUAGUUUGUUUUUUAAUUGACUGAGCGGAUAAGUGACGUCUGCCUCUGGUGGUGGCGGGUGCUCGCCGCUGUUGAACACAGGAGGGCGCCAUUGGCUCUUUGAAGCUCAGAGGAUGUUCCCGAGGUCCUUUGUGAUACUGCUCAUGUUAAAUAUUGACUCCUUGUGGGUACAUCUGCCACCUUCACGUCUUCACCUCUGCAGCUUGUAAGACAGUCACUGAUCAUAAGUCGAGACGCUGAAGAUGCAAAGGAUGAAACUUUUCCUCACAUUUUUUUCCAUGUUUCGUGUGUUUUUGGCAUCAGUCCUACAUGUUUUAUUUCCGCUUUUUGGACAAUCAUCGAUCACAAAGAAAUCAGUUUAUUCGUCCGUAAAAAAAAAAAAAACAUUGCUCCGUGUCCUGUGCAGGAAAAAAACAGAUGUUAUUGUUUUCAGACAUAAUCUCAGUGCGUCGUUGCUGCUGCGUCACUUACAAAACACGCCUCUAUGUUCAAAUGUUGACAGCGUCAAAACAAAACCCGUGAUGAUGG